AUGCUAUCUGCUGAUAACGUCGAAGAGCAAGGACCUUGUUUACCAGUUGAGGAGAACAAGCAGGUGCUGAAAGAGCCUUCACAAUUGUUAAGUUCUUCAACUACAAAUAGGUAUAAUUUGUCAAAAGUAUAA